AUGGAGUGUUGGGACUUGGGAGGUAAAUCAGGUCCACGAGCUCAAAGAAGCAGCACAGUGAUCCAGAUUUGCACUAAGUUCAGACAGCUGCGCACCACCCACACGCAGCUUUUCCCUGAGGACACAAAAACUCCAGGAGGUUGUAUUUGUGUGGACCAUGGGCACGGAGUCUGUAGCUGCACUGUGCCUUUGCAGAAGAAGCCCCCACGUGAGAAUGUACACCGACAGCUGAGCACCAGCUCCUCUGGCAGCCUCUCCCCUGGCUCCACCAAACAUCCCUGCAAGCAAGAAUGGAAAUACAUCGCUUCGGAGAAGACCACCAACCACACGUACCUGUGUCUGGCUGUGUUGAAUGGCGUGCUGUGUGUGAUCUUUCUACAUGGACGCAGCAGUCCUCAGGCCUCGCCCUCGGCCACCCCUUGUCUAACCAAAAGCAUGAGCUUUGACAGUCAGGCUCUGGAGGAAGAGCCGGAUAAGCUGCUGGCACCCAUGCACUAUGCUCGCUCAGGCCUGGGCACUGCUGCUUUGAACGGUCGACUCAUUGCUGCAGGUGGUUACAACCGUGAAGAAUGCCUGAGGACUGUGGAAUGUUACGACCUGAACACUGACAGCUGGACAUUCCUCGCCCCGAUGAGGACUCCGCGUGCGAGAUUUCAGAUGGCAGUGCUCAUGGGUCAGCUUUACGUGAUGGGCGGGUCCAAUGGCCAUUCUGACGAAUUGAGUUGUGGGGAGACUUACAACCCAAACACCGACGAGUGGACUCAAGUGCCAGAGCUCAGAACUAACCGCUGCAAUGCAGGUGUCUGCUCUUUGAGCAACAAGCUGUAUGUCGUUGGAGGAUCAGAUCCGUGCGGACAGAAAGGCCUGAAGAACUGUGAUGUUUUUGACCCUGUCAGCAAGGCCUGGACCAGCUGUGCCCCAUUCAACAUCAGGAGGCAUCAAGCUGCCGUGUGCGAGUUGGAAGGAUUCAUGUACGUGAUUGGAGGAGCAGAGUCGUGGAACUGCCUGAAUAGUGUGGAGCGCUACAAUCCAGAAAACAACACCUGGACCCUUGUUGCUCCGAUGAACAUAGCCCGCAGAGGAGCCGGAGUGGCCGUCCAUGAAGGUAAACUCUAUGUGGUGGGGGGCUUUGAUGGCUCUCAUGCCCUGCGUUGCGUUGAAAUUUACGAUCCUGCCCGAAACGAAUGGAGGAUGCUGGGUAGCAUGAACUCGCCACGCAGCAAUGCCGGCGCGACCAUGCUCGAUGACAUCAUCUACGCCAUCGGUGGCUUUGACGGAAACGACUUCCUCAAUACAUUCGAGGCCUACAACCCUAAAACAGACGAAUGGAGCCCAUGUGCAGAUGCAUUCACCAAUUCCUAAGAGCCGGGCUGGGGAAACUGGGCGGGUGGGAGGGGGGCACUCACUCAAACUAACAGGCUUAGUGACGUAAUCGUGCUUUGUGAUGUCCUUGAUGUAUGCGAGCGGGCGGGUUUACGAGGGUGCGAGGGGUGGGAUGGGGUCUCAUGGGGGUCUGCAUUGAAGUCACCCAUGAGGCUGACUUUUCUUACAGUGUUUGGGUGGGGGUGGUCAGUUGGGGGUUGCUGAAAGCAACAUUAAGCCUUUGCAUAUUGCAUACUUUAUUUUUUUUGUGUUGUAUAUAUUGUUUAGUUUCAUUUUUCUUUCCUGUUUUAUGAAGAAUGCCAACAUUUAUUACACAUCAAGUGUACCUUUUUGAAUUGAGUGCUUUGGAAUAUUUUUACUUUCGGGGGAAGUUUUAGCAUCUCUGAUGUAAAGACAGGAUCGAUUGGCUUAACCUAUUUAAGGAAGUGACUUUGGUUGAAUUAGUUUUUCUUUGUCAUCCAACCAUGAUGCUGAUUACUGUAACCAAUCUUUAAAGAUGGCCUUUUUUAUAUUUUUGAUACACUGCUAUGUAACCAAUAGAUGGAUUAGAUUGCAGAUGCACAACACCUGUGAGGUAAUAAACUUUAAUCAGUGCCA